AUGUUCGGCUCUCAAACCCCUCUAUGCAUCUUCGACUCAAAAGUCCCUUUAUUUGCCCCCCAAACCCCUCUAUGCAUCUGUUCCCAAACCCCUCACCACUUUUCCUUUUCCCCUUUCCUCCUCUAUGACCCCCCUCUUCCUGCGUCCAAACUCCUCUCCCACUUCCUCCCCCCACCUCUUCGCCAGGUGGUGACUGAGGAUAACGGCACCGUUUUUGGCGGCUUCUCAUCUCAAGCGCUUGUAGCCUCCAAUCGCAGAAAGUACCAGGGAUCCAGUGACGUCUUUGUGUUCACCACCACUGCAGGGGAGCCCACGGUCUACAAGGUCACAGCGGCGAACCGUUACUUCAUCCUGUGUCUGAAUGAAGCCCUCUCUUUUGGAGGUGGCGGCCACUUCGCCCUGUGCCUGCAGGAGGACCUUCUGACAGGCUCAAGCGGUGCGUGUGAGACAUUCUGCAGUCCCUGCCUCUCUAAGUCCGAGGACUUCAAGAUCAAGCAUGUGGAGGUGAGGCAAGGAGAGCAUGUGGAAUUGAGGAGUGCACGAGAGGGUGAGCAUGUGGAGGUGAGGGUGGGAGAGCAUGUGGAGGUGAGGGUGAGGAGGUGA